AUGGAUAUCGUCCUGGAGAUCUGGGACACCUUCAUUGGGGACCGUCUCUAUACGGCUCUCUUGCCCGUGUCACUUCCCUCCUCUGUCUCCUUUCCUAGCUUGACCACUGCUACCAAUAGCUCGUUGGCCUUGUUUGGCGCAUCGAAGCCGUUUGUCUAUGAACCCGCCACUCAAAUGUUUCACUUCGAGCCGUCCAAGUAUGCCUACAUGAGCGCAUGGCCGAGGAACAACCUCUAUCGCCAAUUCCUGAGCUUUUUCCUGAUUGUCUGGAUAUUCGGCAUUAUCGUCUACUUCAUCUCCGCUACCCUCUCCUACAUUCUCAUUUGGGACAAGACAACUGUCAGACAUCCCAAGUUUCUUAAGAAUCAGAUUCCUAUGGAGAUUGCGCAGACAAUGCGAUCGAUGCCUAUAAUGUCCUUCCUGACUGCUCCCUUCCUGGUCGCUGAGGCUAGAGGUUAUGCCAAAUUGUACGACGCCGUCGCCGAAGAGCCAUUCCCUUACUAUAGCAUCCUUCAAUUCCCCGUGUUCAUCGCAUUCACCGAUUUUUUCAUCUAUUGGAUUCACCGUGGCCUGCACCACCCAUUGGUCUAUAAGACCCUUCACAAGCCUCACCACAAGUGGAUCAUGCCGAGCCCUUUCGCGUCGCAUGCGUUCCAUCCUCUGGAUGGCUGGUUGCAAAGUGUUCCCUACCACGUCUUUCCCUUUAUCUUUCCCCUACAGAAGAUCGCCUAUGUUUUCCUGUUCGGCUUCAUCAAUCUUUGGACUGUUCUUAUCCACGACGGUGAAUACGUCGCCAACAGCCCAAUUGUCAACGGAGCCGCUUGCCACACAAUGCACCAUCUCUAUUUCAACUACAAUUAUGGUCAAUUCACCACUCUGUGGGAUCGUCUAGGUGGCAGCUAUCGGAAGCCCAACGAAGAACUCUUCCGGCGCGAGACGAAGAUGGGCGAAGAAGAAUGGAAGAGACAAACCAAGGAGAUGGAAUCUAUUCUGCAGACCGUCGAAGGCCAAGAUGAUCGCCAGUAUUGCGCUCCAAAAGAAAUCAAAAAGAACAUCUAA